GGCAAAAAUCCUUAAAUUAUAGCGAGCGCCGUCUGAGGGCUCUCUCGCUCUUCUCUUAUCUUCUUCUUCUUCUUCUCCUUCCCCCAAAACCCCAACCCUCCGCUCUUCCUCAGUCGGACCCAAAAACCCUAGCGGAGAUGAAUAGGGAGAGGCUUAUGAAGAUGGCGGGUUCUGUCCGCACUGGUGGAAAGGGUACCGUGAGAAGAAAGAAGAAGGCUGUUCAUAAGACCACCACGACAGAUGAUAAAAGGCUUCAAAGCACCCUGAAGAGAAUUGGGGUGAAUGCCAUCCCUGCGAUUGAAGAAGUCAACAUUUUUAAGGAUGAUGUAGUUAUCCAGUUUUUGAAUCCCAAAGUUCAAGCGUCCAUUGCUGCAAAUACCUGGGUAGUUAGUGGUUCUCCUCAGACCAAGAAGCUACAGGAUAUCCUCCCUGGCAUCAUUAACCAAUUAGGUCCUGAUAACUUGGACAACCUGAGGAAGUUGGCAGAGCAAUUCCAGAAGCAGGCGCCUGGUGCGGCCACUGGUUCUGGUGCCACUGCGCAGGAUGACGACGAUGACGAAGUCCCUGAGCUUGUACCUGGCGAGACCUUUGAGGCUGCCGCUGAAGAGGGUGAGGGUCAGGCGACUCAGGCCUCCUAGAGAGAGGGAUUAUUAUUGUCAUUUCAAUACUUGUAGUGCUAUUAAAAUCCUUAUUUUCUCUCGUCUGUCUUUCCAUUUUACUUUCAACGAAUUGUUUUAAUCUCGUGAGCCUUGUGAAAUCUGAGCAGUUCUCUUACUCAAA